GCCUGGUCCGCCCAGAGGGCGGCGGCCAUCGGGGCGAUCCGUCUCCUUCGGCAUCCGCCCUGCCUGCCUUGCCGCUGCCGCCGGUUGCCGCCGCAGGCCCGCCUCCCAAGUCCUUCGACGCUUGGGGGCCCCUGGUCAAGGCCUACAACGACAAGCUCCUCGAUGGCAAGCCCAGGUCCUUCCCCACGAGACGCCUGGCAGGGGCGGAUGCGGUACUCGCCAGGAUCUACCACGAGCACACCGUCUCUAAGUCCUACACGCCCCUCCUGCUGGGCGAGAUUUUGGCCGCCAGGACCUGGACAUCCGGAGACGAGCUAAAUCGCCUGGCGGUUCCCCAGAAGGAGGCCGGCUCCCUCCACAUCGUCGGGGGAAGCCUCGUUGCCGCAGACGACAAGCGGGCGUGGGAGCCUCGCGGCGUCAUGUCCGUCUUGGACGGGCUGGAGGCGGUGCGCCUGGCCUGGAUCCUUACCACAGUCGGCGACGAGGGCGACGUCAACGACUACAUCGCCUGGUGGGACCGCAAGGUCAGGGCCCGCACGGCCCACGUGGAGAACAUAGUCUUCUUCUGGACGUCCACGGCCACCACUUUGGCCAUGGAACUUCGCCAGCGCCGCACCUUCAAGGAGGUCACCGCCGACAUCAUGGCAGACACCUCCUCCUGGCUGGAGGCCAUGGCCACGCCGCCGCCUCUGCCUGAGCCCAAGAAGCCCGCCAGGCCACAGCCGCCUCCUAAGGCCGAGCCGGACCAAGGGGCGGACUGGGUGCCCAAGCACCGCUUUGGCUUCCUUUACGAGAACGUCGACAUGGACCAGGCGGCCGCCAAGGUGCCGCGCCUGUGGUGGACCAGCGUGGACUGGACCAGGUUCCAGGUCGAUCCAGACGACGGGGCGCCGUUGGAGUGGGCCAAGAAGGGCCGAUGGGAGCGCCUGCGCCUGGCCUCCGCCAGGCCGUCGGCAGACACCUUCGACUUGGUUUCCACCCUGCCGUCGCGACAGGUCGGCGCCUUAACGCCGGCACCCACCGACGAGGGCCGGCCCAAACCUCGGGCCACUAGAGGGAAGACGUCCAAGGACACAGACGCCAGGUGGAGCGACGGCAAGCGCCAAUACGCCCCGUGGCACUACCAGCUUGAGGCCAUGCUCCAGGACAGCCAGGGCGUCCUGCACCUCCCCACGGCCGAGAUCAAGGAGCAGCUGCACGGCAUCCCCACCGGCUACACGGCCCAGGCGGGGGCCGACGACAGGACUCGCCACCGUAUGAUAGGCAACGGCUGGCAUUGGGGAGUGGCCGGACGCAUCCUGGGCUUCGUCGUCCUGGCCGCCUGGGCGGCCGCACUGGCGGAGGCCGGCCGGCUGCCAUCCUCGCCUAAGACUUCUACAUUGCAGUGGCUGACCCAGGCCUGCUCGUGGGAUUUCUCCCCCCCGCCCAGGCCGUCCCCACCAGUCCUCGGCGAGGGACUCGACAUGGAGCAGCACUGGGCCUCGGCGCCGCUUAUGCAGCACUCCUUAGCCAGGCGCCCGGCGUUGGAGCCGGCGCUCUCGGCGGUUAUUGAGUUCCGGCGGCAAUGGCGACACGACCUUUGCCGCAUCCGCCGGGAGGUCAUCGCGGAGCUCCUCGUCCUGGUGGAGGAGCGCGAGGACGACACCCGGGCCUGGCUCCAGGAACUGCCGGCCCACGUCAGGGCUACCUACACGACCUCGGACCGCCCCAGGCCUUUUCAGGGGCCAACCUUCCUGGGCCUGCUCCGCGACCUCGGCGACCGCGGAGAAUCCGCCUUACGUCGCGGCCAAGUGUUCCAGGGGCGCUCCGGCGUCCACACAGCAGCCCUUCUGGAGGAGCUGGUGCAAGAGGCCCGCCUGGGCCGGGUCCGGCCUUGCGCCGCUCCCGACCACUGGUCCGUGGCAACCUCGGCGCUUCCCUGGACGGCUGACAUGCGCACCUUGCGCCAGCCGCCGCUGGGCGACUGCUUCGCCGCCCUCUCCUUCGCCAUCUGCCAGGUCGACGAGAACGGGGACCUCAAACUACGCCGGG